AGUCGGGCCCGAUUUUUGAUGAUGCACAAGCUCAUCGGACUGAUUCUGCUUCUUUCAGUAGAAGGAAAUUUUCCAUGUAUAUUAAAGGAAUAUGUUUGGGAAUCAAUGGACAUUCACAUUCAUCAAAAUCUCGCGUUCUCAACAUCCCCCUCUGUCUUCUCAAAAUAUCUUCGAACAUAGUCAAUAUUCUAUCUCAUGUCUAAUAUGAAAGUUCUAGUUGUCGGGGCAUCAAUUGCGGGCCCAGCCACUGCGUACUGGCUCGCGAAGGCAGGCGUGAAGGUUACUGUCAUCGAACGCUUCCCAAAUGUGCGUACAAAUGGACAAAGCGUCGACAUCCGCGCUGCUGGAGUAACGGUAAUGCGUAAGAUCCCAGGCAUGGAAGCAGCUGUGAGGGCGAAGGCAACGCAACAGGAAGGGAUCCACUUCGUUCGUGAUGACGGCAAACCUUAUGCGACAAUGUACAAGACAGGAGACGUCAAUCAGCAGUCAUUGACCUCAGAAUUCGAAAUUUUUCGUGGAGAUCUAGCCCAAAUUUUAUUCGAGAUGUCCAAGGACGACGAGAACAUCGAAUACAUCUUCGGUGAACAGGUUACUUCCAUGCACCAGGCAACCAACGGGCUCAUGAAGGUUGAGUUCGCGAACGGCCUUGCGCCCACAGAAUUUGAUCUUGUAAUAGCUUGCGACGGCGCGAAUUCAAGGACUCGCGCUUUGGGCCUGAAAUGUGGGGUUCGUGACCACGUUGAGUCCGUGAAUUGCUGGGCAGCUUACUUUUCGAUCAACCAAGAUCUUCUCGGUGGAAGUAAGAUGGCACAGCUGUGGAGCACAACCAAGGGACGUCUUGUGGCUAUCGGACCUGAUUCCACGGACGUCAACAGGAUCGGUUUGUUGCGCAUACACCCAAGAGAUGGCUCGGACGCUACUAUGGCGUUCAGAGUGGCUAUGAAGCAAGGGGAUUUUGAAGCCAAAAGACAUGUUGCUCAAGAGUUCGCAGGUGCUGGUUGGAAGACUGGCCAGUUAAUCGAGGCCAUGAUGGAAGCAAAAGACUUCUACGCGUCGGAGAUAGUACAAGUUAAGAUACCCACGUUAUAUGCUGAACGGUUUGUGCUAGUCGGGGACGCAGGCUACUGUCCAAGCCCUUUCACUGGAGCUGGAACUACCCUUGCACUUGUUGGCGCGUAUGUGCUGGCGGGAGAGAUCUCCCAGAACAAAGGUGACCUUACUGCUGCACUUAGAGCGUACGAGGAGCGUAUGAGGCCCAUCGUUAACGACUUGCAAAAGAUAGCCCCAGGCGUUCCAAUGCUGUUUGCGCCACAAACAACUAAGGGUAUCUAUUUGCGAAACUUACUCUUUGCGUUUAUUGCUUGGUGCAAACCGUUUCUUGGAUGGUUUGGAAAGGUCUUUGGUGGUUCCCUUGGCACAGACAGGUAUAAGCUUCCUAACUACGAAUGGAGAACGUAGAAGUUGAGGAUGGUGUUGGAAGCUGAUACUCCACAGCGUAUUUUGUUUCAUGACGCUAUUUGUAAUGUGCAAUUUGGUGAGCCACCAGGUAUCGUGCUAUCAUAAUUUGAAGUCAUCUUUAGCUAGUAUGAUCAAAACAAAAUGUCCAUGGGAUUCGUCUUUUGGUCUUAGAAGCUGUUUAAGUAAGGAAAACAAGAUCCCACUUUCG